GACGCCUGCGCGGAGGGCGGGCACUUGCCUAGGGGAUCCGCCUGCAUGGCCUCCUCCCAGGUUGCGGGAUUCCCACACUGAGCCCUGGCUAAAGCGUGGGCGGCCGCUUCCCCGGGAAUCCCAGCUGGGACUCUGCUCUCGUAGUCUGUGACUCGGACGCGGGCGAAGGAGGAGCGUGGAUCGGAGUCACCAGCCCCGGGGACCGGCAUGGCCUGCCGUGCCCUGCCCGGGCCGACCUGCCUGCUGCUGCUGGUGCUGCUGGUGCUGCUGGUGCUGCUGCUGAGCUGCGAGCCCUGCGAAGCCGCAGAGACUGUGGCCGUGCGGGCAGCCACCAAGGUGACAGGCUUCUUGGGCCACUCUGUGACAUUACUCUGUAGCCUACAAUCUGAAGAGCAGGUGACAGUGACACAAGUCACAUGGAUGAAGAAGUCAGAUGAGUCUUCACACACUGUGGCUGUCUUCCACUCCACAAAGGGUCCCUACUUCCCAGAACCAGGGAGGCUACAGUUUGUGGCCACCAAACCUGGCGAGGCUCUGUUGAAUGCAUCUCUGGCCAUAUCCGACUUGCGUGCUGAAGAUGAGGGCAACUAUACGUGCCAGUUUGCCACGUUCCCCAUGGGCAGUGAGAGUGCCCAGGUCUGGCUGCGGGUGCUCGCCCGGCCAAGGAACACAGCGGAGGCCCUGGUUGUGGCUCCAGAGGCCCUGGUUGAUGCUCCUACCCAGGAUUCCGUGCAUGUGGCCAAAUGCGUCUCCUCUGGAGGACUCCCUCCUGCCCAAAUCACCUGGCGCACAGACCUGAAUGGAACCACGCAGCACAGCUGGAAGCCAGGGCCACAGCCGGGCACCUUCACGGUCACCAGCUUCUUCUCCUUGGUUCCCUCCAGCCAGGCAGAUGGCAAGAACCUCACCUGCAGCGUGAAGCACGAGAGCUUCCCCCAGCCUGACCUGCAGUCCGUCACCCUCUCCCUUCCUUAUGCUCCUGAGGUGUCUAUCUCUGGCUAUGAUGACAACUGGUACCUUGGCCGCACUGAUGUGGCCCUGAUCUGUGACGUGCGCAGUAACCCAGAGCCCACGGACUACGACUGGAGCACGAUCACAGGUGCACUGCCCCUCAACGCUAAACCGCAAGGCAACAAGCUCUGUAUAUCCGAGGUGGACAGUUCCACCAACACCACUUUCAUCUGCCAUGUCACUAACGCCGUCGGGUCCAACGAGGGUGAGGUGACCAUCCGAGUUACAGAGAGCCCUAAGAGUGCAGAGUCAGGCACAGAGCUGAGCAGCACUGUCUUCAUCGCCAUCGUCGCCAUCGUCGUUGUUCUUGGGAUUCUGCUAGUGCUUGUUGUGCCCCUGGGUGUCUUUCUGUAUCGCAGACGCAGAAAGUCUAUCAGGCAUCGUGGUGGGCAGCAGCAACCCCAGCCCUCAGAGAACAGGGCUGUCCUGUAUUUACCUGUGGAGAACCAAUCCGCUCCCUAGCUGGGGUGCUGGGGUGUGCGAAGAGACAGAACUGGGAAGCUCAAGGACUCGACAGCUGAACCCCACCCAGAUGGAUAAAGACACUUCCAGAGAGACAGGGCAUCCAUGGGGGGCGAGCCUCUCAAGUUUGGUGUUCUCCCAGAACCCCCAUGUGUUCUACCAUGUCAAGAAAGACUUACGGAAGGCAUGGUGGCUCACACCUGACAUACCAGUGCUCAAGAGGCAGCCACAGGAAGAUGGCUGCAAGUUUAAGUCUAGCCUCUGCUACAAAGUGAAAUCUGUCUAAACAAACAAGCAAGCAGUCAGAUGA